UGUCGCCAGCGGCGGCCCGGCCCCGCUGCGCUCGCUGCUUGCUCGGCGCUCGGCUGCCUCGGCCUCGGCUCGGCUCGUCUCGUCGGGUUUGGCUCGGUCGGUAGUCGGUCGAAGUCGCGUUGAGUCGAGGUGGCAGUGACGCAGUGACAUCAGAUGUUUUGUUUGGUUCGUGCUGUGUAGACCACUCGUCGGCUUCUGGCUACUGUUUGCUGUUAUUGUCGUUUUGUCGUUUCGGAAUCUUCAAAGAAAUCAUGGCACGCCCCUCGGUCUUGAAAAUGAUAAAGUAUUAUUGUUUGCUGGACGCUGAACUCAGCGCUCAGGGCCGUCCCUUCACUGAGACAGAGAAAAUCAGUAUUAAGCGCAUAAUAGCCUACAAUCUGUUCAAGCGGCUCACAGCUCACGCCAGGCUUCGAGCGAGGCUUGCUAAUAGGAGGCAGCUGAAGAGAUGGCAUGUGAGGCCAAUUUUCCAAGACAGGGAGAUUUAUGGUGCUUGGUUCUCACUUAUCCCUUUGAUGAAGGAGGCAGACACUGAUGAAUAUUACCGGUUCUUCCGAAUGACUCCUGAUUGUUUUGAUUGGUUGCUUGAGCAAGUGAGCCCGUUCAUAACAAAGAAGUCAAAUCGUAAAAGCAUUUCAGCAGGGGAGCGUUUAGCCAUUACUUUAAGGUAUUUGGCAUCAGGUGACAGUCAGUCCUCUUUGUCCUACCUCUUCCGGGUGUCUAAUCAAGCCAUCUCCAAGAUUGUCACUGAGACAACAGCUGUAAUUUGGUACACCUUGAAACCAGUGGUAUUUGAACAAUUAAAUGAGGAUUUUUGGAGACGUAAGGCAGCUGAGUUUGAAUCCAUGUGGCAAUUUCCCAUGUGCGUUGGUGCAAUUGAUGGAAAGCACUGCUCCUUUCAGAAAUUUCCAAUGCGUGGCUCAGAAUUCUUCAACUACAAAGGAACACAUAGUAUCAUCCUCUUCGCAGUUGCUGAUGCCAAGUAUAAGUUUAUUGUGGCUGACUGUGGUGCAAAUGGGCGUGAAGGAGACAGUGGAGUGUUUGAUACAUCAGCCUUUGGGCAACUUUUCUACAACCAUGGACUACGCCUCCCCCAACUUGUCUACAAUCCCAAGAUAGACUGUCUACUGCCGUAUGUGUUCCUUGGUGACGAUGCU